CCACCAUCACUCAGUAUAACAAUUCCAAAAACAAGUGAUCUUGUUACAGCUUCAAAGCGUUGGAGGGAGGUCCAGCUGCCGAUCGACAUUUUGCUUUUGGCAGUAAGGGACGCAGAUUUUUUAAGCUGUUUUUACUACCUGAGCGAUGUCUUUCGAAGCUACACGAGAACUCUUGGUUAUGUACAUUUCGGGAACUUUGGCAAAGAUGAAGGUCAACUGAAACUGAAAGUUAGCUUGAUUACAUGCUCAGGAGGCGGUGGUGGGAAUCCCGGAGGGUCAGCGAUUGUAGUUAAAGACGCUGUUGAAAUUUUGCAGCCAAGAGCGGUAUUUUGUAUCGGCUCUUGUUGGGGCUUGUACCGGGAUAAAACCAGGCUAGGAGACGUA